UUCGUAGAUAACGUUGAUCUGACAUUUCAUUUGGGACCAAAACUCUAAAUUAUUUUAUCUAUUAUGUUUUAAAUUAAUAAUCAAAGAGAAGUUACGGAUGCUACAGCAUGCGUCGUAAAACUCGACCUGACAAAUGGCGUCGAAAUAGAAAACUAUAUUUCGAUAUCAAGGAAGGUCAAACAGGUCAAACGUAUGCCAUAUCCGGCAGAGCUCAGGCCGCUCUCUCGGCUGUCAUCGAAAGCAUGUUGGAGGAGUGCCUGCUAGACGCCAAAAACUUAGCUACGGUGGCUGGUAAAAGCUACGUCACCCCUGAAGAAAUGGAGAAGGCAUUAAGGAAGCUCUGCCUACGUUUAAACGCGCAGCCAAGCACGCCGAGUAAACAGAAAGUUAACACGCAGCAGCGCGAAGAUCUGAACUGAGAGUUUCGCGAAAUGUUCUCGAGGAGACGACGUCUUCACGAUGCCAAACAAUUCAAAUGUCGAAAGACAGAGAGAGAGAGAGAGAGAGAGAGAGAGAGAGAGAGAGAGAGAGAGAGAGAGAGAGAAAGUUCUUGUGUUAUCGUCUAUAUUGCUAAUAAAUGUCGAAUUGUGCGAAAGUGCGAACCGUUCGCGAAGUGUCUAACUUUAUUGUUACUCAUUCAUAAUAUUCACUGUGAUAUUUAUUCAUAUCAUCGCAAUUCUGUGCUUAAGAAAAUUAAGAAAAUUAUUACUUUGUGAAACGUGUAAAGAAUAGUGGUAAUUGUAAAUAAUUGAAUUCUCGUUUAAAUAAAAAGAAUAAGAACACAGUAACUUAAAAAGUCGCAAUUUUUCUCGCGUAAAAAUACGAAAAGAAUAAUUUUGCUGAAGUAUCUAAAACUUUAGAUAAAUACAGAU